AUGGGUUGUCUGUUUAGUAAACAUUCCGGCCACCCACGCUGGUGGUCGUCGUGUUCAUCAAAAUUUAAGUUGAACCCGGAUCUAACCUCUUACCAAGAUGCUUGCCGAUCGGAUCCGGAUCUCAAAUCUUUCGAUUCGACCCAACGAGAUCGAACUACUCGGGUCAUCAAAUCUGUCGCCGCCGACGUUCAGGUUCGUUCCCUUUCUCUUGACUCCCUCCGUCAAGUCAUCGGAAGUCUGCAUGAUAUGAAUCAAGACGUUGUCAAAUUCUUACUCGAAUGCGAAGAAGACAUUUCUAAAAGCCACGAACUGUCCUCGUUAGUUAAAGAUUUCUUUCGUCUUAGCAUCUUAAUCCUUGAUUUCUGCAUAUCGCUCGAGAAUUGCUUGAAAAACGCUAGUUAUAGCUCAUCGUUUCUUCAGAUUGCGAUCAAGCAAUUCGAUGAAGAUAACGAUCACUUGAAAACCCUUGAGCAUUUCAAACAAUUCAAAGCUUUAGAAGCUCCAUUCCCAGUGGAGUUUUUCAGAAAAUAUGAAUCGGUUUGUGAACAACAACAAUCGAUGCAAAAGAAAUUGGAAAAACAAACGGGUAAAGUAGCCAAGAAGUUGAAAUCAGCAAAGGUGUGGAGGAAAUUGACCAACGUGAUAUUCGUCGUCACUUUCAGUGCCGUCUUGAUCUGCACAGUGGUGACUGCCGCCGUGUCAGCUCCAGCGGUGGUUAUAGCAUUAGCAGCGGCGGCGGCAGCGGCAGUAGGACCGAUGGGGAAAUGGGUUGAUUCGUUAUGGAAGGAAUACGAAACGGAAUUGAAAGGGCAAAGGAAGGUGAUGAUAUCAAUGGACACCGGGAACGAUGUUGUUAUCGCAGAGUUGAAAAACAUCAAGGCUUUAGUGGAUAAAUUUGGGAAUGAGAGAGAGGAUUUGCUGCAAAAGGCAGAAUUUGCGAUCAAGGAAGAGGAAAAAGAUGCGGAGGCGGUGGCAGUUGCAGAUGCAGUUGCAGCGGCGGUGAAUGAAAUGAGAAGAAUUAUGAGUGAUUUUGAGAAGACGAUUGCUGAUUUGAGUCGUCAUUCUCUUAAAAUUCGAGGGGAUAUAGUUAGAGCAAGAGACAUGAUCGUGAAGGAGGUUACUCAAGGGUUGCAUUCCGGCGACAGGCGAGAAUAAGAGUUAGAUGAGAAAUGUAAAAGGGAUCUUCACCAUUCGAUGCACGUUAGCAUGAGAUGCAUCUCAUAUCAAACGUGAUUCAUGAGUGGGUUUGAGAUUACAAGUGAUCAAAGUUGAUCAAUUUUUACGAUUUUCACAUUAACUUUCUUUCUCACACGAUCAUUCGUCAUGACUCACAUUAGCUAUGUGCGUGUGUAUGAGAAAGAGAUGUAAGGUGAGAAACAUAAAAAGAGAUCUGGACUCUUGAUUAACUUUAAUCUCAAAUUCACUCAUGAAUCGCGCUUGAUACGGGGAUUGAUCCAAUGCAUCUCGGUACAUCGCAUCCUAAUGUUCAUCCAAUGGUGGAGAUCCCUUCUUAAGCUUCUCAUUUUAACACUUCUUAUCAGAACCAAC